AUGAAGAGCAGCUCGAGCAUCUCGGAGGAGCAGCCCAGGGGGGUGCUGCCCUCCGGGAUGGUGCUGAGCGUGGCCGUGCUGGGCGCGUCCGGCGACCUGGCGAAGAAGAAGACGUACCCGGCGCUCUUCACGCUCUUCGCGGAAGGCUUCCUGCCCAAGAACGUCCGCAUCGUCGGCUACGCGCGCAGCGCUAUGGACGACGAGGCCCUCCGCGAGCGCGUGUCGGGGCACCUCGACGCCGCGCCGCACAUCAAGAAGGCGUUCCUGGACCGCUGCACGUACGUGCAAGGCCCGUACGACACCACCGACGGGUUCGCGGCGCUGAACGACCACAUGACGCAGUUCGAGGACGAGGCCGUCGAGAGCCUGCGCAGCGGGAACGGCCGCCCCUCGGGACCCCCCUCCUUCGGCCGCCUGAUCUACCUGGCACUCCCCCCCUCCGUCUACCCCCAGGUGCUGGCGAACCUGAAGAAGACGAACGACGACCCGCCGCACAGCCCGUGCUGGGUGCGGUACGUGGUCGAGAAGCCGUUCGGGCGCGACCUCGCGUCCUCGGAGGAGCUGUGCGAGUUCAUCGGGGGGCUGUUCCCGGAGCCGCAGAUCUACCGCAUCGACCACUACCUGGGCAAGGAGCUCGCGCAGAACAUGCUCGUCCUGCGCUUCGCCAACAUGUUCCUCGAGCCGAUCUGGAGCCGGCACUACAUCCAGAACGUGUCGAUCACCUUCAAGGAGCCCUUUGGCACCGAGGGGCGCGGGGGGUACUUCGACACGUACGGCAUCGUGCGCGACGUGAUGCAGAACCACCUCCUGCAGGUCAUGGCGCUGCUCGCGAUGGAGCGCCCCGUCUCGCUCAGCCCCGAGGACAUCCGCGACGAGAAGGUCAAGGUGCUGCGGUGCAUCGAGCCCGCGCGGCCGGAGAGCACGGUGCUGGGGCAGUACGCGUCGGACGGGAAGAACGAGGGGUACCUGGAGGACCCGGGCGUGCCCAAGGACAGCAACACGCCGACGUUCGCGGCCACGGUGCUCAAGAUCAACAACGAGCGCUGGUACGGCGUGCCCUUCUUCAUGAAGGCCGGCAAGGCGCUGAACGAGAAGAAGGCCGAGGUCCGCGUGCAGUUCCGCAGCAUCGCGACCAACAUGUUCGGCAAGUCCCUCGCGGACCCGCACAAGAACCGCAACGAGCUGGUCAUGCGCUUCCAGCCCAACGAGGCCAUCUACAUGAAGAUGUGCACCAAGAAGCCCGGCCUCGACAUGGACACCACCAUCUCCGAGCUCGACCUGACCUACCAGGACCGCUUCGACGCCCGCAUCCCCGAGGCCUACGAGCGCCUCAUCCUGGACGCCCUGCGCGGCGACCAGCAGCACUUCGUGCGCCGCGACGAGCUCAAGGCCGCGUGGGCCGUGUUCGACCCGCUGCUCGAGGCCAUCGACAACGGCGAGGUGCCCUGCAGCCUCUACCGGUACGGCACCGUGGGGCCCCGGGAGGCCUAUAAGCUCCAGUCCGACAUUGGGUACGUGCGCACCGCGAACUACCACUGGAAGAAGAUCGAGGGCGGGUCGCAGAGGGGGUCGCUCGACAUCCACGCCGCGCACCGCGCGUCCAUGGAGUCGAUGGGCCACGAGGGGCGCGUCCUCGGGCACGUGGACUACCCGCGCAGCCCCAGCCCCAGCCCGCUCGGGGGCGCCGCCAAGUCGCACGCCCUGUAG